AUCCUGCCCACCACAUCCUUGUUGCCCAAGCAAGUAUACAUAUUCUGAAAUUAAAGAUAAAGAAAAGAAAAAUAAAGUAUCCAAAUUCUCCUUGCUUCCAAAGCAAAUAUCCCAUAAGAAAUAUCCACCAAUAUUCCCAAAUUUAUUGUCUCAACUCUGAAAAUUCCAACAUAAACCUCUUUCUUUAUUAACCGAAAAAAAAAAAAAAUCCCUUUUUCUUCAGAAACCCUCCCAAAACCUUAAUAACCAAUUAGGCGCUAAUCGCUAAUCCCACCAAAACAAUGGCCUACGUGACCCAACUUCUAGGUCCACCGACCGUCGCCACUGCCGCCGCUGCCGCCAUAUCAUCUGAAGAAGACUUGAACACCACCACCACAACCACGGUAUUUGACUCCCUAAUCCACCAAACCAUCAACCUUGAUCUCAAUCUCAAUGCCGUUGGAAUGGCGUGGAUCCAUGAUGCAUUGACUACUCUGAAACUGAUUUGCAACUUGAGAGGGGUAAGAGGUGUGAAGGAAGUUGAAUCAAGAAAUACUAGUACAAAUGGUGAACUUUGCAAGUAUCCAGACCAUGACGAGUGGUCACGAGCCUCAUCCCAUUUACAACCUUCACGGAAGCUGGAUGAUCAUGCUUCUAUGACUCCACCUUCUAGGCAACAGACCAUGGUUAUAGAAAGCACGAGAGCAGAAGAAGAAAUAGAAGAUCAUAAUGCAGAGAAUAUAGAGCUCGAGGGAGAACAAAAUCUGGAAUAUGAGAGAGACUACAUCUCAACUCAAAGCACUUUGGGACCCAACAACCGGGACUCUCCUUCAAGCUCAAUUAAUCCUUUAUCUACCACUAGGAUCAAUCCAAGUCUGGUAGAAGUUGCUCAAGAAGAACCAGCUUCUGCUGAGUCUUCACAAGAACCUAUUGGAGUGCCUCCACCAUCUCACAAUGCAACUUCAGCAUCUACUCAUCCAAUGAUGACAAGAACUCGUACAGGGACACAUACUGGCCAUGUUAAGACUUCAUUUUCAAAAUAUGCAAACACUAUGGUCACUAAUAAUAAUUCCUCUUUGAAUAAUGCAGGUCUGGACAUUCGAGAGCCGAAAACCAUCAAGAAAGCGUUACAACUCCCGCAAUGGCUAAGAGCAAUGCAAGAAGAAUUAGCUGCCCUCUACAAGAACAAUACAUGGACCUUAGUACCUCCCCCUUCAACUAACACAAACAUUGUGGGAUCUAAAUGGGUAUUCAAAACAAAGUUAAAUUCAGAUGGAAGUGUGGACAGGUUUAAGGCACGCUUAGUGGCAAGAGGAUUUUCACAAGUAUCGGGGGUAGACUUUGAAGAGACAUUCAGUCCAGUGCUCAAACCCACCACCCUACGGUUAGUAAUUGCCUUAGCUACAACCUUAUCAUGGCCACUAAGACAGCUAGAUGUGAAGAAUGCAUUUCUUCACGGCCAGCUUAAAGAAGUGGUAUAUAUGAAACAGCCACCAGGAUUCGAAGAUGCUAACCAUCCGGGUUAUGUUUGCAAACUCAAUAAAUCCAUCUAUGGUCUCAAACAAGCCCCUAGAGCAUGCACUAAGUUUGCUCUCAAGGAUUUAGGCUUUCUAAGCUAUUUCCUGGGUAUUGAGGUUACCUUGUUCUCUGGUGGUAUAUUCUUGUCUCAAGCCAAAUAUGCCAAGGAUAUUCUUACUAGAGCAACCAUGGUUGAAGCCUCCAUGAUUGCAACACCAAUGGCAGUCAAAGAACCACAUACACCAAGAGACGAGGACCCUGUUGAUGCUCAAGAAUACCGAAAAAUUGUGGGUGCUCUACAGUACUUAACCAUCACCAGAGCUGACUUAUGUUUUGCAGUUAACAAAGUCUGCCAAUUUAUGCAACAGCCUACCUUUGCUCACCUUCGCCAAGUUAAACGCAUCCUACGCUAUAUCAAAGGGACUUUACACCAUGGCCUUAAUUUCUACUCAUCCAGUACACUAUCUCUCACUGGGUUUUGUGAUGCAGAUUGUGCAGGAUGCACCAUAACGAGAAGAAGUACUACAGGCUUUUGCAUAUUCCUUGGAGCUAAUUGUAUUUCUUGGUCUUCAAAGAAACAAUCCACUAUAGCUCGCUCCACUGCCGAAGCAGAGUAUAGAGCGCUAGCCACUACUACAGCUGAACUUGUGUGGAUCACUUAUCUUCUCCGUGAUAUUGGCAUUUUAAUCUUAAAUCCUCCUCAAGUGUUCUCAGAUAAUAUUAGUGCUCUACACAUGUCUAUUAACCCUGUGUUCCAUGCUCGAACAAAGCAUAUUGAAUUAGAUUACCAUUUUGUUCGAGAAAAGGUAGCACUUGGUUCUCUGGUGACGAGGUACGUUCCAAGCAUGGAUCAGAUUGCAGACAUCUUUACCAAGCCCUUACCUCGCACUCAGUUUCAGUUCUUACGGUUCAAACUGGGCUUGGUGGUUUCUCCCCAAUCCAGUUUGAGGGGGACUGUGAAGGAAGUUGAAUCAAGUACAGAAUUAACGAGCAAAGAAUCAGGACCUCAGCCAACAAAGGAAACAACCAGACUUAAGUCGAAAAAGCUCCAGAAACAAGAAUGGAUGAAUCAAAAGAGAGGCGCAAAGAUGUUCAAGCAAAAGGGAGGGAGAAAAAUGAAGGUUCUGGAGAAAAAAAUGGAGGGGAUCUCUGAAAACAUGGCGGAGAUGGUCACCUUGAUCCAAAAAAAAGGCACUAGAAUUACGAGGAAGGAGAGAGAGCUUGUCAAAGAUAAGAAAGCCAUAGAUAAGCACAAUUCUGAUGCCAAUUAUCGUUUCUUGUUCAACUGCAUUACUAAUUUGUUUAUUGAUCUUUUGAAAUCGAAUCUAAAAAACUUGAACGCCGGUAAGUUGUUCAACAUAAGUCUUGCCUCAAAAUGGUGCCCCUCAAUUGAUUCUGCCUAUGAUAAAGCUACCCUGCUUUGUCAGGCAAUUGCUCGUAGAAUUUUCCCUCAAGACGGUGAAAAAGAAUAUGAGGGGAAUGGAGAGGCACUUUAUGCGUACAGGGUUCAAGAUAGAUUGAGGAAACAAGUGCUUGUUCCAUUGCACAAGGCUCUUCAAUUGUUGGAGGUUUACAUGAGUGCUAAUGAGUGGAAUGCUCUUCCUUACAACAGGGUUACAUCUGUUGCAAUGAAGAACUACAAGGGUCUAUUUGUGAAGCAUGACAAGGAGAGAUUUGUGUUGGUCGAAAGUCCAACCCCAUUUGAACACUUGGACUUUCCAUGUGGCAAAGAAAAUGGUGCAUGGGUGGUUGGAUUUUUCACUAUAAAUGCCCAUGCAUGCAAAGGCAACAAGCAAGCAAGAGUGAAAGCAAGCAAGAGUGAGGGAAAGCAAGAGAAAUUGAAAAGAGCUAAGAUGUCCUUACUUGUGAAGGAUGUCCUUACUUGUCAAGGACUUCAUGUAAUUUUAAAAGAGACCAAGUCGAUUGAGAUGAAGGAUAGUGAUUGGAGUACUAUCCAAAAGAGGGCAACAAGUCAAAUUCAGCUGGCACUUGCACUGGAGGUGGAAUACAACAUCUUUUCAAAAACUACUCAAAUAAGCAUGUCGAAGAAGUUUGACGAGAUAUAUGCUCCAAAAUCUUCAACCAAUCACCAAUGUUUAAAGAUGGAGCUAUAUCAAUUGAAGAUGGCAGAAGGCACUAAUAUUCACAAGCAUUUAACCGAUAUCAACAUAAUGGUGACACAAGUAGUGAAUGCUAGGGAUAUUCUAGAAGAAGAGGAGAAAGCUUUGCCUUUACUUGCAUCCCUACCUAAGUCUUACAAGUCCCUAGUGCAGAGUAUGCUAAUGGGGGAGCUUGGUAAAGUAAUGAUGGCCAUUGGUGAAAAGGUGGAUAUUGAAGGCAUAGAAGGCAUUCGGCUCAAUGUUCACAAUGGGAGAGUCGAGAUUCUCAAGAAUGUGAGAUAUGUGCCCAAGUGUUCAAACAAUAUUAUUGCUUUGAAUGAGUUGACAACACGAGGUGCUCAAAAUUCUCAACAAUUUGAGGAGUAUCAUCAUAAGAAAGUGAAGAGUGGGGUAGCAAAGAUAGUGGCAGGAGCAUUGUUUCCUCACGAGAUAAUUGCAUCCUUGAAUGAUAGAGAUAGUGAAGAAGUUGUUGAGCUCCAAUGGGCUAGAAUGGUUGCUGGUGUCAAGCGUAGUGAGGAGUGUUGGAAUGGAAAGGUGAUAACUUUAAGUGAGAAUCCUGAACUUCACUUGAUUGAAGGAGAUAGUCUUAAGGCCAAAACCGAGUUCAUAAGGGAAAUGGAGUGGGGUGAUAACAUAGAUUUUCAAAAAGUUUUUGACCAGAUAUUGGUAGUUGCUACAGAGGGGAAGCUGAACGAGGAACAAUCUGUAAAGAGGAUAUUCGUUUUCAGCAAUAUGGAGUUUGAUGCUGCCAAUGGUAAUUUUUCGUAUUAUUCAAGUCAGAUGCAAAGUGGUGAGAUAGUAAGCAGAGAGGAGAUACUCCGAACACAAUGGGAGACGGAUUAUGAAGUAAUACAAAGGAAGUACCGUGAUUGUGUUUUGGAACCUCAGGAACUCAUCCUUCGCUCCAGUGGGGGGAUUGUGAACGCUGAGCAGAUAAUAGGAUUAGCUAUUGGUGGUGAAGAGUAGAAGAAACUUGUAGUGUCUGAUUGAUUGUUAUAUUUUCUGUUCUUGACUGUGAAAAUGAGCUGUGCAAAGUUACCUUCUAUGGAGAUUGACAUGAGAAAUCCUAGUGUUAACAGAUUACAAAGUUAUGUUUUAUCUAUUGAACAAGAACAUAAUGAGGGAAAAUGGAUUGGAGGGGCUUUCUUUCUGUUUAAAAUCUGGUUUGACGUUUUUCACUCAAGGUAUGUUUGAAUUUGUGAAAGUGGCAUUGGUAAAAAGAAAAGGAUUUGUUAAUU